AUGUGCUGCCACUUGACUCCGAAUAUCUGCAUUCCCUCUCUCCUCCAUCGCCUUUCUCUUCUCCCUUCUCCCUCUCCCGCUCACGACCUCUCCUCCUCUUUCUCCUCCUCCUCGCCGUCGCACGCUGCCCAGGGCCCCCUUUCAUCUCUUUGUCUGUCUGUUGUUUCGCUAGGCUUGCUUCAAUCCACCUCGACGCUGCAGGCCGUCUCUUCGCCUGCCCCGUCACCCAGCAGAGUUCCAGUCUGA